UAAAGUGGCUCUUCAGCGCUCCAGUGGGCUGAACGAGACUGGCAACAUUGUGUGGUACUUGGCUCUCUGUCUCCUCCUGUCCUGGAUAAUUGUUGGAGCUGCAUUAUUUAAAGGAAUAAAAUCUUCUGGAAAGUUGGCUCUUCCUAUUGUCACUUCUCUUCUGGCACAAAGAUAUGUCAUCCUGCUCAUCUUGCUGGUACGAGGUGCCACCCUGGAAGGUGCCCUGGAUGGCAUUGAAUACUACAUUGGGAGACAGUCCAACAUCACCAAGCUGAUGGAGGCAGAGGUUUGGAAAGAUGCAGCCACCCAGAUAUUUUACUCCCUGUCUGUGGCAUGGGGUGGGCUUGUUGCUUUGUCUUCAUACAAUAAGUUCCACAACAACUGCUACUCGGAUGCUAUUUUAGUUUGUGUAACCAACUGUGUCACCAGUGUAUUUGCUGGGUUUGCGAUAUUCUCCAUCCUGGGACAUAUGGCAUUCGUGUCUGACAGACCUGUCUCAGAGGUUGUGGACUCAGGGUUUGAUCUGGCAUUUGUAGCCUACCCAGAGGCUCUGUCCAAGUUACCAGUUUCUCCUCUGUGGUCCUUCUUGUUUUUCUUCAUGCUCCUGCUCUUGGGCCUUGACUCCCAGUUUGCCAGUAUAGAAACACUUACAACCACCAUACAAGAUAUAUAUCCCAAAGUGAUGAAAAAAUUAAGAAUCCCUGUAACUCUGGGUGUGUGCGUACUGCUCUUUCUUCUUGGGCUUAUCUGUGUUACUCAGGCAGGAAUUUACUGGGUUAAUCUAAUAGAUCAUUUUUGUGCUGGAUGGGGAAUCCUUAUUGCAGCUGUCUUGGAGAUAAUAGGCAUCGUCUACAUUUACGGAGGAAACAGGUUUAUUGAAGACAUUGAAAUGAUGAUUGGAAAGAAGAGCCGUUUAUUCUGGCUGUGGUGGAGAAUAUGCUGGUUUUUCAUCACUCCUGUGCUGUUAAUGGCUAUUUUGGUCUGGUCUUUGGUCACGUUUUCACCUCCUACUUACGGAUCCACAUAUACAUAUCCAACCUGGGGAACCGCUGUUGGCUGGUGCAUGAUCAUCUUUUGUGUCAUCUGGAUUCCCAUCGUAGCUAUUGUAAAAGUAGUUAAAGCUGAAGGAAACCUUUGGCAGCGUAUUGUGAGCUGCUGCAGGCCUGCAGCAAACUGGGGUCCCUACCUGGAAUGUCACCGAGGAGAACGAUACAGCCAUAUUAUAGACCCCAAAAAGGAAAAGGAACACGAGAUUCCUACUGUGUCUGCCUUCGUAUACACACAACAAUGA